AUGGAAGAUUACACCAACACAGUCUUUGCUCAUUUGGAUUAUCGUUGCGUCGCAUCAUGGAACACAAGCUGCUCCUCUGACUUCCAAUUAUUCCAUUUGAAUCACAGCAAUUUGAUUGUAUUUUUCUUUUUUUCUGUGGUUUCUGUGCUUACCGUUAGUGGAAACGUAGUUGUAAUAGUAUCGAUCACUAUCUCCAAACAGCUCCGCACGGCAACUAACUUUGUCAUCCUGUCUUUGGCCAUGUCUGAUUUCUUAGUGGGAGCAUUAAUGAUGCCUUUACAGUGUAUUAUGCUUGUGGAUGGUUGUUUAUACCACACAAAACAUCUCUGUCCUGUUUAUCACUUUAUCAGCACCAUCAUUGGCACCGUUUCGCUCUACAACGUCAUUCUGAUCGCGAUCGAUCGAUACUUUGCCUUGUGCCACCCUUUCCGUUAUGUUGCAAAAAUGUCUGUGAGAGUGGUGCUGAAGUAUGUGGGUUUUGGAUGGAUCUUAUCCUUCUUUUAUAAUCUCUCAAUGAUGUACACUGGAAAUUCAGAACAAGGCGAAAGGAAAGUGAUCUGCAUCCAAACAUGCGCCAUUCCCGUCAACAACGCUUGGGGUUUUAUUGACUUUAUAUUCAUUUUUAUUGUUCCAUGUUUACUGAUCAUAAUUCUGUAUGUCAAAGUUUUCACAGUUGCCCUGAGACAUGCAAAGGUUAUUUCUGAUUCUGCAAAACCUGGACUUGGACCUGGACUUAACCGGAGAAAAUGGAAAUCAGAGAUCAAGGCCACAAAAACAUUAGGCACUGUUGUGUUUGUGUAUUUGGUGUGCUGGAUUCCAUGGUAUAUAUUUUUAGUGAAUAUUGAGAAUGUUUCAGACUCUAAUGUUAUCCUAAAUUAUUUAAUGUGUCUGUUUUACAGUAAUGCCUUUAUAAACCCCAUUAUCUAUGCAAUAUCAAGUCCCUGGUUUAAAAAUUCACUGAAAUUCUGUGCUUUAUUUGGAAAAUAGUCUUCAGUGUGUUUGUGCAGUUAAAGAUGCAGUAGUGGAUUUUUUUUAAAGUUUCCUAUAUGUACAAAUAUCUUGA